UCAGAUAUUGAAUCCAGACAGCCAUAGGCCUUAAAAUUGAUUAAUUCCCUAAAUAACCUUUUCCAAGUAUAUCUUCGGUUUCCGCACGCCUUAUAGAUAUUUAGCAGCUGCUCAUUCAGUCACUAUACAGUCGCUCUCAGCCUCAGCAAUCUUCAUUUUCAUAAUGUCGGAUCUUGAGGCCCCCCUACGCCCCAAGAGGAAGAAGGUUUGGGUGGACUACUUUGUCCAGUUCCGAUGGAUAAUUGUUAUCUUUGUUGUUCUUCCAAUCUCCUUCACACUCUACUUCCUCACAUAUCUUGGGGAUGUGAAAUCCGAAUGCAAAUCAUUCAAGCAGCGUCAGAAGGAACAUGAUGAAAAUGUCAAGAAGGUCGUGAAACGCCUCAAGGAGAGGAACCCGAAGAAGGAUGGUCUUGUCUGCACAGCCCGGAAGCCCUGGAUUGCUGUUGGAAUGCGUAAUGUGGACUAUAAGCGUGCUCGACAUUUUGAGGUUGACCUUUCUGCCUUUAGAAAUGUUUUGGACAUUGACAAGGAGAGAAUGAUCGCCAGAGUGGAGCCUCUGGUAAAUAUGGGUCAGAUUUCAAGGGUUACUGUUCCGAUGAAUCUGUCCCUUGCAGUUGUUGCCGAGCUUGAUGAUCUGACUGUUGGUGGUCUGAUCAAUGGCUAUGGUAUUGAAGGAAGCUCCCAUCUUUACGGUCUGUUUUCGGAUACUGUCGUGGCUUAUGAAAUUGUUUUGGCUGACGGACAGGUGGUUAGAGCUACAAAGGACAAUGAAUACUCUGACCUUUUCUAUGCUAUCCCCUGGUCUCAGGGGACACUGGGACUACUUGUUGCAGCUGAGAUUAAGCUUAUACCUGUCAAGGAAUACAUGAAGCUCACAUAUAAGCCUGUAGUGGGUAAUCUUAAGGAGCUAGCACAAGGAUACAUGGAUUCGUUUGCACCAAGGGAUGGAGAUCAGGACAACCCUAACAAGGUUCCAGACUUUGUUGAGACCAUGAUUUACUCCCCUACUGAAGCUGUCUGCAUGACCGGAGUUUAUGCUUCUAAAGAAGAAGCCAAAAUGAAGGGAAAUAAAAUCAAUAAUGUUGGAUGGUGGUUCAAACCCUGGUUUUACCAGCAUGCACAAACAGCACUGAAGAAGGGGGAGUUUGUAGAGUAUAUCCCCACCAGAGAAUAUUACCACAGGCAUACAAGGUGCUUGUACUGGGAGGGAAAGCUCAUCCUUCCAUUUGCUGAUCAAUGGUGGUUCAGGUUUCUUCUUGGAUGGAUGAUGCCACCCAAGGUCUCUCUUCUUAAGGCAACUCAAGGUGAAGCCAUUAGGAAUUAUUACCAUGAGAUGCACGUCAUUCAGGAUAUGCUUGUUCCACUUUACAAGGUUGGAGAUGCUCUGGAGUGGGUCCACAGAGAGAUGGAGGUCUAUCCUAUCUGGCUCUGCCCACACAGGCUAUAUAAACUCCCAGUCAAAACCAUGGUGUAUCCGGAACCAGGAUUUGAGCAACACCACAGACAGGGCGAUACACACUAUGCUCAGAUGUAUACUGAUGUUGGAGUCUACUAUGCUCCUGGACCCGUCUUGAGGGGUGAGGUAUUCGAUGGCUCUGAGGCGGUUCGUAAAAUGGAGAACUGGUUGAUUGAAAACCACGGGUUCCAGCCACAGUAUGCCGUGUCUGAGCUCAAUGAGAAGAACUUCUGGAGAAUGUUUGAUGCUGAUCUUUACGAGCAUUGCAGACGCAAGUACGGAGCUGUUGGUACCUUCAUGAGCGUGUAUUAUAAAUCGAAGAAAGGUAGGAAGACCGAGAAGGAGGUUCAGGAAGCUGAGCAGGCUAUUCUUGAGACUCCAGAUGCAGAAGCUGCUUAAGGGAUGUUGGUACUUCUGGAAUAUGUUAAGAGUGUUCUCGAUGGUUUUUGUAGGAUUAUUGUCCGUCUUUUUCUGCUUUUCUGAGUUUUCCAGUAUUUUCUAUGCUCAGCUUAUGUAUUAAGAUUUGUAGUUUGCUCAUUUGAACCGUUGACUUCUACUUUUGGACCAUGAAGUAUCUGUACCAUCUCACCGCCCCUUUCCCUCUCUUAUUGUCGUUAAGUUGUCAUGCAGGCUCUCCUAAUUGGAACGAUAACUGGUUCUUUUUUUGGACUUCA